GAAAUGCGCUAGGGCACUUUCAUUGAAAGGAUAAUCAUGAGUGCCCUUCUGAAACGUUUAGUGCUUCCUACCAGAAGUUUGACGUAUUCAAGAUUGCUUGCUGCUCAUUAUGCUUCGAAAUUUGGCACAAAGGAGUUUAUUGAGACCGUUGUGAAAGACAAACCUGUUGUCGUUUUCAUGAAAGGCACUCCUGCGAUUCCUCGGUGCGGCUUCAGCAAUGCUGUUGUGCAGAUCCUGCAAGCUCACGGAGUACAUAACUUCGACGCACAUAAUGUCCUUGCAGAUGAGGAUAUGAGACAAGGCGUCAAAGACUAUACAGAUUGGCCAACAAUACCACAAGUUUUCUUUGGAGGAGAAUUUAUCGGUGGUUGCGACAUUUUGCUUGAAAUGCACAAAAGUGGAGAACUGAUAGAAGAACUUAAAAAAGUGGGAAUCGAAUCAAGACUGGAAUAUAUGGAGACUGAAGAUGACGAUACCAAAAAAGAUUCAUGAUUCUAUCAUUUUUUUCUUAGAAGUUAUUUGUUGAUAUGUGAUACAAAUAAUGAGGACUUCAAUAUUUGACAAUGCUGCAGCAGAUAGAAAUAGAAUAUUCCUAAUCUUGAAAUUUGAAAUAAUUUAUGUUUUAUCUGGAUCUCACUUCAAAUAUAAUAUAACAGACCUCUACUUGAAUUGGAUUUUGAAAAGUGCAUGAUAUUGCUAAAAUAUUUGUUAAAUUAAAAAAGAAAAUGAAAUAUACCAUUAUUAACUAUCUUAAUUCUUAUAUGUAGUCAUCACAUAUACAUUUACACAGAAUUACUUAACGUAGCUAAUAAUUGUAUAUACAGGUUCACAAAGUUCAACUAUUUGUAUUGAAUUUCACUGUCUUUAAUACAGUAUAACAUGCAUUUAUCAAAAAACCUGUAAUAUGUACAUGUGUGUACAGUAAGGUGUAUGUAUAAGAUGAUGAUCAAACUGACAAUUAAAUUUUACUAUGCUUUAAGUGUAUCUACCCGUAGGUGUUUAUAAUGUAUGGAAUGACAGUCAGUGAUUCAGCCAACUUUGUUUAGUAUCUGAUCAUAUAUGUGUGAGAAUCUAUGUCAUCCCAUAGUUUAUGUUACCUAAGUGUACAUAUGUGAUUACAACCAAAUAAAGCAUAUAUACCUGAAACAAAAAUCAAAAUGAAACACAAACUAAAGUUUUGUUCAAAUUUAUAUUGUAUUCUAGCUCAAGAAAAUGUCUCAAAAUAUUUAGCAUAAAAUUUUAAUGUUUCUUUCAAGAAAAUCAACAAUCUUCAGACUUACAUGUAUUUUAUACUGCAAAAUACAAAUACAGGGUACACAAAUGUUCAUGUAAUAAGAAUUUUCAGUCUGUAAUUUCUUAUCAUAUAUAGUAUAUUGGUAACAAAAUAAUCAUUGUGUGUAAAAAGACUUUUCCUUGGAUCCACUGUUGUUUUAUUUGCAUAUUAAUUAUAAAUGCUCUGUUUAUGCAUUAAAAAAAUUUGUAUUUCUUGA